AUGUCCGAUACAACGAAAAAAGAAGUCGUGAACGAUCUUUACAACGCCCACCGCAUUACUCACUGCAGGUGUCGUCGGCGUCUCGUACGCUGCGAAAACUAUCGUCGGGAAAAGUUUGGGGGCACCUAUGACGUUCGAAGGUGCGAUGAAAUUAAGUCUCGCUGUCGCGGGAAGUUCAUUUACCGUCAUGUAUCUGAAAGAGAAAGGGUACAUUCCCAAAAUAAUCAAUAAAUAAACAUACGGUAGAUUAAAGUAUAUCGUGAAUCACGAUAUACUUGAUUUACCCGUUGGCAUGUGCGAAUUAGUACAGUAUUUAUUAUCGAAUAAGGAUAAUAAAUAAAAUGAUGACACCAAAUCUAAUAGUCGGCGGAUUAUUCAAUGCCGUCGCGUUUGCGGGGGCAGGAUUCUUAUUUUCAAGGAAGAAGUCAAAAGACAUAAUCAUGCGUUGGAAGAAUUAGCCGAGGCCAAGGAGAAAUUUUACGAAUCCGAAGUGAAAAGACGGAAUCAAGAAUUACGUCGACGUCAAGAAAUUUUAGACGCGAAUCACGAUAUCGAAGAGACGAACAAGGCGUUGGACGAACUGAGAAAUUAUAACAGACGGAUGGAUUUAUCGGCUCCGGAUCGUAAACCGAAAUUAAGUGAUUAUUAUCGACUGUCGGACAACAUGCAAAAAUAUAUGUACGUUACCGUAAGUGUCGUCGGUCUCAGAAGCGGAUACGCGUUGACGCGAAUACUGUGA